UUGUGUAGCCGCCUCUAAAUGGAUGAGAUAGAGGACAAUCUUGGCAACGGAGACUUUAUUGUGGGCAACAAAUACCGCCUUGUCAAAAAAAUAGGAAGUGGAUCCUUCGGAAAAAUAUAUUCAGCAGUCAAUGUGAGCAACGGAGAAGAAGUGGCAGUAAAACUGGAAAAGUCGCAAGCCCAACACCCACAAUUAGCAUUCGAGAGCAAAAUAUACCGUUUCAUGCAGGGAGACCAGGGCAUUCCCUGUCUAAAGGGAUACUAUGAACAGAACAGCUACAACAUAAUGGUGAUCGAACUCCUCGGUCCGUCCUUGGAAGAUCUGCUUAACUUUUGCAACCGAAAAUUUGAAUUGAAGACAGUUUUGAUGUUGGCGGACCAAAUGCUGGAACGACUGCAAUACGUGCACUCGCGGUGUUUUAUUCACAGAGAUAUAAAGCCCGAUAAUUUCCUGAUGGGGACUGGUCGGUAUGCCAAUCGACUGUUCAUAAUCGACUUUGGACUGGCCAAGAAAUAUAUGAGUACGACGACUGGCAUGCACAUUCCCUACAGAGACAAUCGGAGUCUGACCGGCACUGCCCGCUAUGCCAGCAUUAAUGCACAUUGCGGGGUCGAACAGAGCAGACGGGAUGAUUUGGAGUCUCUGGGAUAUGUCCUCAUGUACUUCAAUCGAGGCAACCUUCCAUGGCAGGGACUCAGAGCUGCCAACCGCAAACAAAAGUACGAGAGAAUAUCAGAAAAGAAAAUAUCGACAUCUGUCGAGUCGUUGUGUCAUGGAUUCCCCAAUGAGUUUGCGAUGUAUCUCAACUACUGUCGUGCUCUCCGUUUUGAAGAGACGCCUGACUAUUUCUACUUGCGGCAACUGUUCCGCAUUCUUUUCCGUAACAUGAACAUGCACAAUGACCCCGUCUAUCAGUGGACUACUCAGUCAAAGUGA